UGGAACAUUUAUCCUUCACGACUACUCUGCUGUAUUGUUGUCUAUGGCUAUCUGUCGCCUUAAGCUCAGGUGGCAUGUUUCCCUUCUGCACAUCGAUUACCAGCCUUCCUUGCGUGUCAUUUGACUAUCCACCUGCACUACUCUCCGCAUUCCACGAACGAUCCGUAUGACACAUCUUCACUCCGCCGGACCAUUUCUACUAGACGACGUCCCCAGGAUGUCUUUCAGGCCCCUGUACUCGAAUUUCGAUGCAGAAGAAACAAGGAUGAAACAGAAGGAAGAUGAUUUCUUAGCGGCCAAGAAAUUUCAUGCUGAUGCAAAGGCCACAGUAGAGGAAGCGAAGAAGGCCGAAAAGCUUGCAAAACGCGAGUUCGAAUUUUCGCGGGAGAACUAUCGGCGUCGUCUGGGGGUUGAGCGGGAGGUGGGAAAACUCUACAGAAAGCGCGGAGUUCAUCCCCUUCAGCAAACAGUCACAACCCCUUUAGCUGGAGUUCUUUCAGCGAUCUCUCAGCCCCUUACCCUCGCCGAGCCCGGCCCCCACCAAAUGUCCCCUGUCCAACGGGGCUCGCCAGUAGCCGCGUCUUACACCCAUUUCCCUCCUUAUGCCCCCAGAACUCCUCGUACGACUCCUGCUUCCAAGGCUUUCCAUCCCUCCCAGUCAUAUUUUUUGCCCACGGCGGUGUCCUCUUAUUACCCUUAUGCCCACGCUGCGUACAUAACCCCAGAACUUUCUUACCCUUACCCAUACGUUAACACACCACCCCACUCUCCUGUUGGACAGCCCCUCUAUCACAAUCCCACCAUGACUUACUGGAUGGGUGACACUGAAGUUGACAGCCUGAUCUGUAACUAAAUGUAUGCAUUCUGACCGAAUCGUAGUUAGUACAUGCUUUUUAUUGGCCGAGAUUUGCGCGACGUUUGUCUCGUCAUGACCCGAAUACGACAUCUGUUACAAGAAUUAUGUAUUGGACCC